AUGUUGGGCCUGUUGCUGCGAGACCAGCAAAGAGAGAUUGAACCUCGAAGCGAUGCGACAAGGGACAACAGAGGGAAAAAAUAUCGAGUUUGGGCCACGGCUGGGGGAACGAAGAAGAGAGCAAAAUGUCUGCGUCUCGGAAGAUUGGAGAUUGUGACGAGAGGUGAGGAAUAUCGAACUACCGGACAUCUGCUGAGAAGUGAGAACCAGGGAGGCGGGUCGUUGGCACAGAUAUUGUGA